GUACUUUCUUCACUCUCUCGGAGGAAAAGAACAAGGCAUUUCUUCCUCUUUCUAGUUUCUACCCAUCACUUCCUUUUUUUCCCAAGAAAAGUUAAUAGUACUAGUGGUAAUUUUUGAAUCUCUUGGUGCUUUUGCAGCUUCAUCAUAUUCAUAUUCUCUGCAAUUGAUUCAGUAAUGGUGACUCUGUAAAUGAUUAGCUGGAGUGGUGGGUGUCAAGUUGUUUUGGGGUUUGAAAAAUAUGGGUAUUACAAAUUCUAAGAGUAAGAAAAGUCAAGCUCUAAAGCUUUGUAAAGAGAGAAAAAGAUUUAUUAAAAAAGCUAUUGAUUCAAGGUAUGCUUUAUCAGUCUCUCAUCUUUCUUAUAUUGAAUCCUUAAAAACAAUUGGGAUUGCUCUUAGACAAUUUGUAGAAGUUGAAGAACAUGAUAAUAAAACCCCCUUAUCAAAUUAUUCUUACCCAUCUCCAUCUCCAUCUCCUACACAAUCUGCUGAAACCAUGGAUUCCCUUUUACAUUCUCACUCUAGUGUUAGUUAUAUGAGAACCAGUGCUAGUCCUGCAGUGACUGUUAAGAUUGACCCGGUGGAGGAGGAUGGGUCUUUCCAUACUCCACUACCACCACCUCAUACAACAAAUUCUUCUUGGGAUUUUCUUGAUGCCAAUGAUGAACUUGAAGAAUACGGUAGCUUGAGUCGAUUGAGACGGUUUAGUCUUGACAAUGUUAGUCCUGUGUCUGAAAAGAAAGAGAACACUAACUUUGAGAAGGUUGGUUUAAAGGCUAGUUGUGAAAUUUCUGUAGAAGAAAAAAGAUGUGACUUCCAGCAGAGGGGGAAUAAGAUUUCUGAUUCUGAGAAUUCAUAUGGUCAACGUAAAAGCAAUGGUGGUUUGGUAAUGUCCAAAGUGAACUCACCAGGUGAAGCAAGGGAUCUUGGGCUUGAUUCUGAUGGGUCAAAAGAAGCUUUGGUUGGUAAAGUAGACAAACAGUCAUGUGAGGGAAGGGGAGAUCCUUCUAGAUUCAUUACUCAUGGGGGUAAAGAUUUCUUAUCAAGUAUAAAGGAUAUUGAGAAUCGGUUUUUCAGAGCUUCUGAAUGUGGAAAAGAGGUGUCCAGAAUGCUUGAAACUAACAAAGUUGUGUCCAAAUUUUCGGAUGGUGAAGGGACAUCAGGGGCAUCUAUUUUUCUUGUGGCUCUUCAUCUAGCUUGUUGUCACAGGGGACUGGACCUUACUUCUCAAGAACCUCCAAAACAGGUGACAAAGGCUAUUACAUGGUACCGGUCGCUAUCUUCACAGUCGUCUUCAUCAAGAAAUCGCCUCACUUCAGCAUCGAGAGAUGAUGGCUAUGAGAGCGGGAGCGACUUUAAUGAAGAGUUUUCAAUGAUCACAGGAAGUCACUCGUCCACCUUGGACAGACUGUACGCGUGGGAAAUGAAGCUCUAUGCUGAAGUGAAGGCCAGUGAAUGUGUUAAGAAAAAGUAUGACCAGAAAUGCAACCAACUCAGGUACCAAUUCGCCAGGGAUGCCAGUGCAGAGAUGGUAGACAAAACUCGUGCUGUUGUUAAAGAUCUCCAUUCACAAAUUAGAGUGGGCCUCCAUGCUACUGAUACUAUUGCAAAAAGAAUCGAAAAAAUGAGGGACGAGGAGGUGAAACCGCAGCUUGUGGAGCUUAUUCAGGGAUUCAUCCGCAUGUGGAAAACCAUGCUAGAAUGCCACCAGGCACAAUACAUCACCAUAACAUUAGCUUACCACUCGAAGAGCUCAACAACCCAAGCUUGUGGUGAACAGUAUAGACAAGCUUUAAAUCACUUGCAACGUGCAAUUGGAUGUUUUAUUACAAGCUUUGCAGGCGGGAUUGACGCCCACAAAUCUUAUGUGGAGGCUGUCAAUGGUUGGCUGCAGAACUGCAUUUUACUACCACGGGAGCGCUUCAAGGGAAGACGGGUCUUCUCACCUCGUAGAGCUCUAGCUCCACCUAUAUUUGUUCUGUGCCGUGACUGGUCAGUUGGGAUCAAAGCCCUUCCAUCUAGAGGUGUUGUUCAUGCUUUCGAAGCCCUGUUCUCAGUUUUGCAUCAGUUAGAGAAAGAACAGAAGAAGCAAGAACAUCUGGACAAGCGUAAUGGUCCUAAUGGAGAUGAUACAAAGAACGAUAAGCCGUCAAACAUGAUCGUAAUACAUCCAAAUCUAAACAUCGCCCUGGAUCGAUUGACCAAGUUUACAGAGGCCUCAUUAAAAAUGUGUGAAUGCAUCAGACAAGCAAGCGAGAUGGCUGAAGUUGCUUAUACAAAUUGCAAGGUUUCCAGAUACUGAAGAUACAUAUUUAAGCGGACUGAGAGAAGCUGACAUACUGAUACCCGUAGCUGUAAAUUCAAGGAAUGAAAAUCACUUUUUUGUUAUCUCUUUACAAGGGUAGAACCUUCAGU